CGAUCUGUGGAUUUCAAGCGGUUCAGUCGCAUAGCCGAGUAGUGCACGUGUUGCUCCCGGAGUACCGUUAACACUUUAGUUGCCGUUGCCGUUGCCAUUGUUACAAGCCAGUAAUCGUCGACGUCAGUCCUUCCGUCAGUGCAGUCUAUGCUGAGACACGAUCCCGUGUCCGUCUUCCCGCUUAUGCUUAUGCAUAAUAUCCUACGUUCUACGAUCUGAGAUCAUCGCUUCCGGUGCCUGGGCAUCGCCAAUUGUUAGCAGCGCAGUUGACCAGCAAAAGGGUCUAGCUAAAUGUGAGAUUAUUGAUUGAGCCGAAGCUCUAAAGGUGGUAUCAUCAUCAGCCUCCUGACUGCGCGUGAUUGUGUGUGCGUUUUCUCGGGCUAUUUUUGGCCGAAUCGAAUCAGCAAGCAAGUGGUAACAAGCGGAGCCAAAGAGCGGUUUUGUGGGCUAAACAAGCAGGCAACAGGAGAGAAACACAAACAGCCCCAGCAGUAGCUCAUCGCGCGCUUCUUCUCUCGCGCACAUCUCGAGCAUUGAGCAGCAUCGAACAUCUCCACCGGUGGUGCCACCCCAACCCAGCCAGCCAACCAGCCAACGUAGCAGUAGUAAUCCAUUUGAUACGCAAGAUAGCCAGCAGUGGUGAACGCGUGAACGUUGUGUUGCAAAUUAACCAGCAGCGAAACCGAUCAAAGUGCAUUUACACGGCCCAGUGCGUUUGUGCGCGAGAAAUUCGGGUGUAUUCGGGAUAAGCAAACGCCGGUGGUAUUCCAGUAGCUUGCAGCCACCCCCCCCAUUAGUCCUCUGCUCCGUCGGUUACUCUCCGAAAACCGCCUUCAUGUAUAAGUUUUUCGUGAAUUCCAGUGUCAAGUACAUCAUAAAAUAGUAGCUCGAUAAGAGUGUACCAAAGCAAGAGAGAGAGAGUGUGUGUGUGUGUGUGUUUGCGCGUGUGUGUGUGUGUGUGUGUAGUGCGUGUGCUUGAGAAGUGGCAGCAGAGGUGGAGAAAAUACUAGUUGCCAGGUAGUGAGGCAUCCUAUCAUCGGGAGGCGUGGGUGCGACCCACAGGCGAUUCGAGAAAGAGCAGGAUUUACUGCGGCCAGUUUUUUUUGUGGCAACCGCGAAGGCAGAAGGUGUACGUGGUACUCUGUUACUGCUACCGGGCAGCCAAAACACAGACCCCGAUUCUAGACGUUUCCGGUGCAGACGCGGGCCCCCAUCAUUCCGCCCGCCUAUCGUUUUGUUUCAUUUCGAAAAUUCCUCCAACAGUGGAUUUGAUGUGUAAGAAGGUGGCGGCCAUCGGCAACAACUCGCUUCUGCUCGAUAAUAACAAGCGCGUCCGCUCGUUUUUCCGUAAACCACGCUACACUCACUUUUGUUCCGUCUGGUAUAUCAUAGAGGGACGGUCGGGUACGCGUAAAACAGUACCGCACGGCACGACACCAACGACGACGAUCACCAGCGCCACCGUCGUUCAUCACCAUCGACCCCGGAAACAGGCCCAACCACCACCACCGCGUACUCGAUCGACCGUUCCACCGUAUCGAUACCGGCGUUUCGGCUAAGAGAGUGGACGCUAACCGUUCGCCAAACAGCGUGAAAUUGAUUUCGGAGGACAGAGAAAAAGAAGAAGAAGAAAAUCAAGCUUACCAAAACAGUCCUUCCAGUGCCGGCAGGUUCCAAUUCACCUUCCGCUUUGUCAUCGUGUGUGAUAAUGUGCGCGUAAGAUCAGGAGGAUCUGUCACCGUUUCCCGACCCACGGAGCAUCCGUAUCCCCGUGCUCUUUUCGUGGGCCUAGCGUGUACUCUCCUACCAUUCGCGGUAGAGUGGAGCGGUCACCGUUAGUGCCGAGGAAUCGGGGAAACAAGUGCUGUACGUUCGCGCUAUCCAGGGUUCUCGAUCUCUCCGCCCCGGGUGGUUCUGUCAGGUGGUUGCCAUAACAACACGCGGUAGUAGUUCGGUAGUGCAACAGCAUCAGCAGCAGCAGCAGCAGCAGCCUACUACACAGAGAUACUGUGUGCCGAGAGAACGAGAACGAGAACGGGCUGUUUUCCGGUUCAUCUGUGCUAGGAGUAGGCCAUACACACGCCGCAUAAUGGAUGCAUACUGGGAGGCAGCGAAUGGGCAUGCACCACAUUCUUUAAAAUACGAAAGAUUCGGAACGUUUGAGAAACCGACGGAGACACCGCCAGACUGUGAGGCAGCCGUUCCAGGAUAUACAUACUGUGGUGAACCUGGUUUAAACUUUUCCACCAACAAUACAACCUACAGUGAAGAUGAUGCUGAUUUUCCACCUGGAAGACGAGGCAAAACAUCACGGCAAGACCCACUGUCGCAUAGGAUCAUUGAGAAGCGCCGGCGGGAUCGGAUGAACUCCUGCUUAGCGGACCUUUCGCGACUCAUUCCCCAGCAGUACAUGCGCAAAGGUCGGGGUCGCGUUGAAAAGACGGAGAUCAUCGAGAUGGCGAUUCGGCAUCUGAAAAACCUUCAGAACCAAGAGUGCGGCCGGGAGUCAUCCUGCGCCGAGCAAUACCGAUUAGGCUACAAUGAUUGCCUGACUGAGGCGGCCAAGUUUAUGUUGCGCGAACGGGGUGAAGAGUUGGUGUUCCGCAUGGUGACGCACCUCAAGGAGCAUUGCAACGAUAUCAUGAAAAGUGAACUGUUAAAGUCUCGCUGUGGGUCCGAGAUGGCGAACGGUGGUAGCCCGAUCUACUUGGCCGGGGCACCGAUCGGUCAUCUGCGCGAUAUGAUGUCGUGCCCAUCGGACAUUGAGCACAGCAGUAACGAUCAUCACGAUGUGAAGGAUUUGAGCUUCCGCAGUGGCACAAGCAGCAGCACGAGUAGCACCAACAACAACCCACCCCAGGCACCCGUCAUUACAUCGACCGCACCGAGCGUGCAGCAUCUGGAUACGUCCAGUAAUCAUUCGACGCAGGACUACGAUGCACCGUCACCACCGCGAAUCUGUGGCGUGGCGGGUCUUCAACAGGACACUAACAAUAACCUGAACCAGCACGAGAGUGUCCUACGUACGAUUCGGAUGCGCAAGUUCUCGGAGCAUGCAUCGCCCGAGCACGAGCACAGCCACAACAGCUACAAGUUUAAGAACUACAUACAGCAACGUUUCUCGCAGGAUACGCACGAGAACGGUGGUAGUGGACACCCUACCGAUAUUGAGCACAGUCCUGCAUCCGUGCAUGAUGAUCACCACCAUCAUCAUCACCAUCAUCAUCAGGCUUCGUUGCGUGCUUCGCCUAUGACUAACGGAAGUACCGGAAGUCUUUCCUCCGCUACCGAUUCCAAGCUUUCGCCUAGUACGAGCACAGCAAAGACACCUCCGGUAUCGGCGACCUCAUCGGAUGAACCGCUCUCGUUGAAGCGGAAGCUUACCUCAACUAGCAGCGAAUCCAGCGAUCGGAUUGGACUGGGCACCGUUCUCGUCGACAAUAGUCUGCUUCAGCUGCCACAACACCACUCACAGCAGCAACAGCAGCAGCUGCAUCAUCAGCAAGUCACUGGCGCUCCAGAUGCUGGUGGACCUUUGGAAAAGAAGGUGGCUAGUGGCAAAAAUGGGCUUUCCUUGACUGCAUCCGCUUCCCUAACGUCACUACCAACGACAGAGAUUAAGCACGAGAUGCUGAUUGGUGGCGGUGCUCCAGUGUCCCUUAGCGGUGUUAACACACCGGGAAGCAUGGCGAACGUUGUCGUACCAGGUGGCAGUGCACAACCGCACCAUCACCAUCACCACAGUUCCUAUCACCCGGUACCCAUCUUCGCGUGUCACACGCAGGGAUUCUACAUCCCGCUCAACGUGGACUACGAGGCGCUUCUACCUUACCUAAACGGCGCCGAUCUGUUGAGCAAAAGCUUCGCCCAACUCCCACCACUUCAUCCGAUUAGUAUCAGUGUAAACUACAGCGGCAGUGGCGGUGCGGCGUUGUUGGUUAAAGCCACCGUCAGUGGUUUGUCUAGUGGCAAGUCGAAGCUUGUCGAGGGCCUCAUUAGUGGAUGUUAGAUGAAUGUAAUGUAACCGUUCGUUUCACCGCUAGGGCAAGAGGGCGCUGGGGAACUAAAGAUAAGAAAUCCUGCGUUUCCUCAGCUUUAUUGAGUGCAUUUUUUCAAAUAAUGUUGUAACGAUAUCCACAAACAAGUGACAUUGCUGGGCACGAAGACAGGGAACAGGGCAAGGUAGACAAUGGAAGACAUUCUGGAAGAGGGUGAAGAAGUCUGUGCCGCCUAUGGUGAAAGCUAUAGCUCUGGAAACUGUUAGGGCCAGUUCAGUGUUUGAUGUGUAUCAUUAACUCUCAGGUAAAUCCCCUUUCCCAACGACUAUGUGCAAGCUGCCUAAUGCUAUUCACGGAACGCGUUUGAUGCUGUGCAUACUAAUUGCGUAACGCUGAGGCCAUUUAAGGAUAGUUAGCAAAACUCUCACACAUGAACCACUCAUAGCUCGGGAAUUGAUGACGAAAGUGUUAUUCGUUGUUUGAUUUCCCAGCUUUAUUCACUAUUCCUUGAUCGAUUAGGUUGAAUUAGAAACGUCGCUAUACUUCACAGUGUGCACAAAAUUCAAAUCCUUUUGUAACAAGGCAAGAUCGUCGCCUUUGUUAAAGGCAGUAAAUGUAGUAUCUUGAAAUUGAGAAAGUAAACUUGUGGCUGAAUGGAAAUGAACACUUGCUUCAUUUCUUUCUGUCCCUGUUCAAUAAAACAGAGUUUCCACUUCCUACCACAGAAAUGUACUAGCGAGCUUGUUCUAGAACUGCAAACGGUUGCACAUCUCCGUUGUUUCAAAUUUUUGCACGCCAUAUUUUUUCAUAUACAAAACAAAUGAAAAAUCUGUGAUACAGAGGAAAACGAAGGGAAUAUAGCAAAA